AUGGACAAACGGGAUGCAAAUGAGACUGGAGAUCUGACCGACUCUUAUCUGCGCUUGACUGGCCCGUCUCGUGCAAUUCUAGUUGGGGAUUAUGUUGACUUUGAAGUUGAACUAAAAGUACGUGAUGGAGAUGAUGAGCGCAAUGAUACACAGUUGAUGUGUGUUAGCAAGCGGUAUAAAGAAGCAGACGGCGGCGGUGAGCAACCUUUACUCUUCGAUAGCCCAUUCUGUACUGCAGAGUUGAGGUUUGAGGUUUUUCCUACGACGGUCCAGCUCACUGUAUUGUCCGUUCGUGUUGUUGGAGGGGAGUUCCCUUUUAGCUCUGGGGGUCAGGUUGCUUGUAUUGUUUCUGGCCGUGAGAGGGUUGUGCUGUUUGAUUCUACUGAAAAAAUUACUAGAGAAGACCAAGUAGUUUUGGAUGGUUAUGUUCCUUUGUCAAGAAACGCCAUUUCAGUAGAGUUUGAAAAAGGAGUGACUGUUGAGGUAACAGCCUAUGUUGAUUCUGGUUCUAUCUCUGAUCUUGUCCACUUCCCUUCCAAGUGGUGCAACAUUAGUCAGGAUAGCUGUUUCAUCUGUGGUUCUGAGGUGAAGAUUACCGUUGCAUGGUCCCGGGUUGUGAGAGACAAGAUGGAGAUGUUGCUGGAGGGAUAUGCUACCCAGGUGUAG